CGUUACCACGUACGUACGGCGGCAGUGAGGGUGUGGACGUCCCACAGCAUUCAAUCUACUGGACACAACACACAACGCUGCUAAUAACUUCUGUUCACCGCAACAGGCGACUGUACCCGGGUUGCCAGAGUGCUGUUUAGUAUCUCAGACUGUGUCGCUCAUUAUCCCAGAUGAGGGACUGAUGCUGGCCAGGAACCUGUUGAACCCCUCGGGUCGCCUCCCUCAUCUGUCCCACUUCAGUUCUGCAUCUACGAUCACGGGUGCGCCUUAAGAGAAGGAGAAUACACCAGUCAAAAUGGAUGAUAUCUUCACGCAGUGCCGGGAAGGCAAUGCAGUGGCAGUUCGCUUAUGGUUGGACAAUACGGAGAAUGACCUCAAUCAAGGAGAUGACCACGGCUUCAGCCCUCUCCACUGGGCAUGCAGGGAGGGCCGCUCCAGCGUGGUGGACAUGCUCAUCAUGAGAGGGGCUCGCAUCAACGUCAUGAAUCGCGGGGACGACACGCCUCUGCACCUGGCUUCCAGCCAUGGACAUCGCGAAAUCGUGGGAAAGCUGAUCCAGUGCAAGGCAGACACAAAUGCAGCCAAUGAACACGGAAACACACCACUGCAUUAUGCCUGCUUCUGGGGCCAAGAUCAAGUGGCUGAGGACCUUGUGACUAAUGGAGCUCAGGUGAGCAUCUGUAACAAAUAUGGGGAAACCCCUCUGGACAAAGCCAAACCUCACCUGCGGGAACUCCUCAAAGAAAAGGCUGAGAAAAUGGGACAGAGCUUGACUAAAAUUCCCUUCAAGGACACGUUCUGGAAAGGCACUACCAGAACUCGACCCCGCAAUGGCACUUUGAACAAACAUGCAGGCAUUGACUACAAACAGCUCGCUCUCCUGGCUAAAAUAAAUGAGAACCAGUCUGGAGAGCUGUGGCAAGGUCGCUGGCAGGGGAAUGAGAUUGUUGUUAAGGUGCUAAAAGUUCGUGACUGGACCACAAGGAAAAGCCGAGACUUCAAUGAGGAAUAUCCCAAACUCAGGAUAUUUUCCCAUCCGAAUGUCCUACCCAUGUUGGGAGCAUGUCAGUCUCCUCCCGCCCCUCACCCCAUCAUCAUCACACACUGGAUGCCUUAUGGCUCUCUCUACAAUGUGCUGCAUGAAGGCACCAACUUUGUGGUGGACCAGACGCAGGCGGUGAAGUUUGCGCUGGACAUUGCUUGUGGAAUGGCUUUCUUGCACACACUUGAACCCAUGAUCCCUCGCCACUAUCUCAACAGCAAGAGCGUUAUGAUAGAUGAAGACAUGACAGCCAGGAUCAGCAUGGCAGAUGUCAAGUUCUCCUUCCAGUGUCCUGGCAGGAUGUACUCACCGGCAUGGGUAGCCCCUGAGGCCCUGCAGAAGAAGCCAGAGGAGAUCAACCGUCGGUCAGCAGACAUGUGGAGCUUUGCUAUUCUGCUGUGGGAGUUAGUGACCAGAGAAGUGCCGUAUGCCGACCUCUCCAACAUGGAAAUUGGCAUGAAGGUUGCCUUGGAGGGUUUGAGGCCCACCAUCCCCCCUGGAAUCUCACCCCACAUUUGCAAGCUCAUGAAGAUAUGCAUGAACGAAGACCCGGCAAAGAGGCCUAAAUUUGACAUGAUUGUGCCAAUUCUGGAAAAAAUGCAGGACAAGUGAUAAACCUCCUCUGCCCUCCUGUGCUGGACUGUUGAAUUGGGGGACAUCUUACCCCAAAUAUCACUCUGAUAUGGUGGUGUGGUGCUUACCAGUAUUGCCUUAAACUCUCACUCUACCGCUGCAUUCAACGCCACUGUAGCUUCUGCUUCUGAGAUGAUUCAGCAGCAGUCACUUCUAUUAUGUUGUUUUUUUUGCAAAGUGCUAUUAAGUUUUUAUUAGUGUCUCCAUCUUUGUCCGCCGUUGCUGUCUUCGCAGGAGCUUAAUAUUGACUGUUCAUCUUCUAAACUGUAAUCAUGUGGACUGAGUACAAUCUUCUUCAAUCCUGUAGACUGAAUAACCUGUGGAGGUCAGCAUGACAGUCUGCCACAUUGCUUCAGUGGAUUUAAGGCCUUAUUUUUCUUAUCUGGAGUGGGCUCACUAUUAAAAAGUCACCCUGUAAGGAAACUGUUCCUCUGUAAAUGGUGGCUCGUAAUAAAACAAACGACAUAUUAACUCGAGCUUGUCUUGUGGGGAAAAGCUAAUGUUAGCAGCAAACUGUAUGCAACUGGGCAAGCAUGACACGUCUGAAACCAAGCAUUUAAACAACAUGUAAGAAAAUGUAUAUGAAUGAGUGGCGGCCAUGAGAGUACUUAGCAGUGUUGUACCAUUCAGCUUGGCUGUGUAGUGAUGUGUAGAGCUUGACCUGCCUUGAGCAAAAAUGGCAUUUGAUCAUUGAGAUUUUGGGAAGAUUACUUUAAAAAUGCAUUACGAGAUUGCUUAUUUUCUCAUCUGUAUUACAAUAAUGUAAUGUAUUACUGUAAUCUAGUUUAUUUUCAUUAAUUUCCUUUCCCAUUUAUUAGCUGUACUAUUCAACAAAAGUCGGUCUCUUUUUCAAGAUGUCUAAAAGCGUUUCACGCUCAUGUUGAAUACUGGCAAUCUAUGUAAUCCAACACAUAAUACCUUCUUUUCGAUGUAGUGUCAGGAAUGAAUGCGUCAGCCGAGCCUGUAAUUUAUUCAUGGGAAUCACAGGUACAGUUAUAGUUUGUUUUGUGAAGCAUGGGGCCUGCCUUUUCUCACAAUUUCAUGGCUACAUCAGAAGCAGCCGCCAACAGAAGGUGACUGAGACAUUAAGGGUUGGUGUUAACAUCCUGCAAACUGUCAUAUUGUUUUUUCACUUGAGAUUACUAGAUUACUUCUGACUUUGAAUCAGUCUCAUGGGUUGUUUCUUCUACCUGCAUCGUCUCUGUGCCUCCACCAGCUUGCUCGAAUCACAGGUUGAAGCCAAAAUUAAGAAUGACUUAUACAAAUGUAUGUAUUUAUAUAUAAGUAUAUUAAAAAGGAAAAAUAUGGGCAA